AUGAUAUAUCUUAAGUCUAUGCUGAAGGUCAUCGACAACUCCGGCGCUCAACUGGCUGAGUGCAUCAAAGUGCUAAGAAAAGGUUCACCCAAAUCACCAGGCAAAGUUGGCGACAAGAUCGUAUGUGUGGUUCAAAAAGCCAGGCCUUUGACACAAAACAUUACAGGAACAUCCAACAAUAACCGUGUGAAGAAGGGUGAUAUAGUGCAUGCUGUGGUGGUGCGGACAAAGCAAAAGAACACAGUGCGUGCGGAUGGGUCUGCCGUAAGCUUUGGCGACAACGCUUGCGUGCUAAUUAACAAGAAUAGCGGGGAACCCUUGGGCACGAGAAUAAUGGCAAACGAUGGCUGUGUAAGCAGGGAGCUUAGAGACAAGGGAUACAACAAGAUUUGCUCCUUGGCCAGUCGAGUGAUGUGA